AUGGCUGAACAAUUGACGCUCCGCGGUACGCUCGCCGGUCACGGCAAGGCCUGGGUGACGGCCAUCGCCACGUCGCGCGAGAACCCCUCGAUGAUCGUGACGGCGUCGCGCGACAAGUCGAUCCUUGGCCACUCGCACUUCGUCGAGGACGUCGUCAUCUCGUCGGACGGCCAGUUCGCGCUCUCGGGCUCGUGGGUCUCGUGCGUCCGCUUCUCGCCGUCGUCGGCCAACCCGCUCAUCGUUUCGUGCGGCUGGGACCGCCUCGUUAAGGUCUGGAACUUGACCAACUGCAAGCUCCGCACCAACCUCUGCGGCCACACCGGCUACCUCAACACGGUCACGGUCUCGCCCGAUGGGUCGCUCUGCGCCUCGGGUGGCAAGGACGGCGUCGCCAUGCUCUGGGACUUGAACGAAGGCAAGCGCCUCUACACGCUCGAGGCCGGCGACAUCAUCCACGCCCUCGUCUUCUCGCCCAACCGCUACUGGCUCUGCGCCGCCACGUCGUCGGGCAUCAAGAUCUGGGACCUCGAGUCCAAGGUCGUCGUCGACGAGAUCGUCCCCGAGUUCGAGGCCGUCGGCAAGAAGUCGCUCCCGCCGCACUGCGUCUCGCUCUGCUGGUCGGCCGACGGCGCCUCGCUCUUCGCUGGUUACACCGACGGUAUCGUCCGCGUCUACGCUGUCGGCUCGAACUAA